AUGGCAACGACUCAAGACAAGGUUACCCAAGUCAAUCAGCUUUACGAUACUGUCCUCAUUUUGGACUUUGGUUCGCAAUACUCCCACUUGAUCACCCGUCGUAUUCGUGAACUUGGUGUUUACUGCGAGCUCUUGCCAUGCACCCAAAAGAUGGCCGAUCUCCACUUUAAGCCCAAGGGUAUCAUUCUCUCUGGUUCUCCUUACUCGGUCUAUGACAAGGAUGCUCCUCGUGUUGAUCCUGCCGUGUUCGAUGCUGGUGUCCCCGUUCUUGGUAUCUGCUAUGGUCUUCAAGAGAUGACAACCUACAUGGGUGGUAAGGUUGAAGGCUGCGAACACCGCGAGUAUGGUCACGCUAUGCUUUCCAUCACCAAGCACAGUGGCCAUCCUUUCAUGGAUAAGCUCUUUGAUGGUUUGGAUGGUGAGAUUCAGGUUUGGAUGAGUCACGGUGACCAAGUGUCUGCUGCUGCUCCCGGUUUCAAGGUGAUUGCCAACACUCGCACCGCACCCUAUGCUGCCGUAUGCCACGAAGAGAAGCACUUUUUCGGUAUCCAAUUCCAUCCUGAAGUCACCCACACCGUUGAUGGUACCACCAUCCUCAAGAACUUUGUCAUUGGUAUUUGUGAUUGCAACGCUUCGUGGACUAUGGACUCCUUUGUCGACAAGGAAAUUGAGCGCAUUCGUAACAUUGUUGGUCCCACCGGUCGUGUUGUUGGUGCUGUCUCUGGUGGUGUUGAUUCCACUGUUGCUGCCAAGUUGAUGCAUGAAGCUAUUGGUGAUCGUUUCCAUGCUAUUCUCGUCGACAAUGGUGUGAUGCGUUUGAACGAAUGCGCCAAUGUCAAAAAGAUGUUGGGUGACAAGAUGGGUAUCAACAUCAAGGUCAGCGAUGCUUCCGAUAUGUUCUUGGAUCGUCUCAAGGGUGUCACCGAUCCCGAAAAGAAGCGCAAGAUCAUUGGCAACACUUUUAUUGAAGUCUUUGAGGCCGAGGCUGCUUUGAUUGAUAAGGAAUGUGGUGGUGAAAUCGAGUAUCUUUUGCAAGGCACUCUUUAUCCUGAUGUGAUUGAGUCGAUCUCUUUCAAGGGCCCUAGUGCCACUAUCAAGACCCAUCACAAUGUCGGUGGUUUGCUCGAGGACAUGAAGCUCAAGUUGAUUGAACCCCUUCGUGAAUUGUUCAAGGAUGAAGUGCGUGCUCUUGGUAAGAUUUUGGGUCUUGAUGAUGAGCUUAUCUGGCGUCAUCCUUUCCCUGGUCCUGGUAUUGCCAUCCGUGUCCUUGGUGAAGUCACCCGCGAACAAGUGGAGAUUGCUCGUCUCGCUGACAACAUUUACAUUGAGGAGAUCAAGAACAAUGGUUUCUACCGCCAAAUCUCUCAAGCCUAUGCUGCCUUGUUGCCUGUCAAGGCCGUCGGUGUCAUGGGUGAUAGCCGUACCUAUGAACAAGUCAUUGCCCUUCGUGCCGUUGAAACCAAGGAUUUCAUGACCGCCGAUAUCUGCGACAGUGCCGAAUGGUUCAAGUGCCUCAAGCGCAUCAGCUCUCGUAUCAUCAACGAGGUCAAGGGUGUUAACCGUGUCGUCUACGAUAUCAGCUCCAAGCCCCCUGCCACUAUCGAGUGGGAGUAA